GCCCCGCCCCUCGCCUCUCGCCCCGCCUCCCGCGCUCCCAGUCAGGUUCAAAGCCUCCUCCCGCCUAAGGUCUUCAGCCCAGCCGGGCUGCCCUUCUUCCCUGCGGAGGGAGGGCCUGGGCGGUCGGGUUGGCGGGAGGGAGGUUACCUUUCCCGGUCUCGCUCCGGCCGCCCGAGCCGGGAGGAAGCAGCGGCGAGGUCUGCGGGCGGCAUGGCGGGAGCUCAGGACGAGCGCGGGCGGGGCCCCGCGGCAGGGGAGCAGCUGCAGCAGCAACACCUCUCUUGCCAGGUCUUCCCCGAGCGUCUGGCCCAGGGGAAUCCCCAGCAAGGGUUCUUCUCCAGCUUCUUCACCAGCAACCAGAAGUGCCAGCUUAGGCUCCUGAAGACGCUGGAGACAAAUCCAUAUGUCAAACUUCUGCUUGAUGCUAUGAAACACUCAGGUUGUGCUGUUAACAAAGAUAGACACUUUUCUUGCGAAGACUGUAAUGGAAAUGUCAGUGGAGGUUUUGAUGCUUCAACAUCUCAGAUAGUUUUGUGCCAGAAUAAUAUCCAUAAUCAGGCCCAUAUGAACAGAGUGGUCACACACGAGCUCAUUCAUGCAUUUGAUCAUUGUCGUGCCCAUGUCGACUGGUUCACCAACAUCAGACAUUUGGCAUGCUCAGAGGUUCGAGCUGCUAACCUUAGUGGAGACUGCUCACUUGUCAAUGAAAUAUUCAGGUUACAUUUUGGAUUAAAACAACACCAUCAGACUUGUGUGCGAGACAGAGCCACUCUUUCUAUCCUGGCUGUUAGGAAUAUCAGCAAAGAAGUAGCUAAAAAGGCUGUUGAUGAAGUUUUUGAAUCUUGUUUCAAUGACCAUGAACCUUUUGGAAGGAUCCCACAUAACAAGACUUAUGCAAGAUAUGCUCAUAGAGACUUUGAAAACCGUGAUCGGUAUUAUUCAAAUAUAUGAGCACAAUGACAUUUUUAUAUUACAGAGCUUCCAUCAUCAUGAAGAAAAAAAAAUUUGGUUCUCAAGUGAACAAACAUAUAAAAUGUAAACAAUCCCUUCAAUCCAUAUAAAACAGAGAAGACUGUGAUUCUAGCAUAUUAUCAGAAAAAGUAACUAUGGCAAAAAAUGAAACUGCUUUAAACUCCAAGGCAAAAAUUGUAUCUUUAUGGCUAACCAUUUAGUAAAUAAAUACAUUACAUUUUUGUAUUUUAGUGAUUGGUUUUUAUUACAUGUGAUUAUUUUAAAAUUUGAUUAUGAAACCUGUGAAGUGUGCUCUUCCAUGAUGUUGAUAGGUGACCACUGUUGGUAUUUACAUUAAAUGUAAAGAAAUGUGUACUGAUCUCAUUGUAGGACACUUAUUGAGCUGUUGUUAUGAUGAAAAUUGGAAAUAAUUCAUUCAGUGGUCAAUGCUA